AGAUAGGCGACGUACCGGGCCCAGGCUAGAGCGAAACGUCUGGAAUAUGGAGGCAGUGUGAGUGGGACACAGGGUUCAGCUUUUCCGGAGCCUCUUCAGCGCUGAACUCAGGCCUCGCCUCCCACCUGUUGCAGUUGGGCACAGCGCCGCAGAAACUUUCACCCCAGCCGAGAGUUGAAUGGAGCGAGAGAUUGAGCGCAGCGCGAUGGCAGAAGCAGCGAGCGCCUCCUCUACCGUCACCGAGACUGUGGAUGGAAACCAGCCAGCAGAUACGGAGAACCGCAGCAUCACUAUCAGACUGAGGAAACGCAAAACCAACAAGAAGGUGGAGUGGACGAGUGACACCGUAGACAAUGAGCAUCUGGGCCGUCGUUCUUCCAAGUGCUGCUGUAUUUACGAGAAGCCGAGGGCCUUCGGGGAAAGCUCGUCGGAGAGCGAGGACGAAGACGGCGGCUGCGGGAACGCCCACUGCAUCAGGGGCCACAAGAAACCAUUUUCGGGUGACACCCCGCAUCCCGCAGAUCACAACCACGAUGCCGAACACCCGAAUCACGGACUCAGUCAGCCACCAGAAAACUGACGGGGUUGGGAGGGGGAGCUGGAAUGAUUGAAGCCCAGGGUUUGUGGUG